AUGGCACUCUCAAAAUGCCUUAACCUUCCAUGGUUGCUGCUAGCUUGCAUGGCCGCCGGCGUGCUUUUCACGGCACUCUCCGCCGAGCCCUCUGCCUACGAUAACGCAUGCUUCCUCCAGUUCGGCACGAACAUCGAGCCGUGCUACGACUACCUGCAAAAGGGAGGGGAGACGGUCCCGAAGGUAUGCUGCGACGCCGUGAAGUCGAACUUGAAGGUGUUCGGCAAGAGAACCACGGUCUGCGAUUGCAUCCAAGAUCUAGUUGAGGGCGCCACCGAGGAGCAAACUGACCGCUUCUUUGCGCUGCCGGGGAUGUGUGUAGACGACUCUCGUUUGAAGUUCACCCGCCACACCAAUUGCUCCCUGGUCGAGUGA